AUCACCUGCCUCUUCCUGAGCUGCGAACCCUUCUGAUGUCUUGUGGCCCUGCGGGACCCAGGAGCUUCCGCGGCAAACGCCCCCUCCGUGGACACCUAUUCUCUCCCAUUCUGGAAGUCUGAGGUCAAGGGUGUGGGCAGGGCUGGUUCCUCCGGAGCCUGUCUCCUGGGCGUGCAGACGCCGCCUUCUCCCUGUGUGAGCGAAGCCCUUUGUCUCUCCCACUUCUUAGAAGGACACCAGUCGGAUUGUGCCAUAGACUGAAUGUUCGUGUCUCCCCCCCACCCCUGUCCCCCCAAAACCGUGUAUGUUGAAGACCUGAGCCCCACCGCGAGGGUAUUAGGAGGUGACGGGACGCGUGCCCUCGGAAGAAGAGACACAAAACAGUGUGUUCCCUACCCGCCCCCCACCAUGUGCAGGAGGCAGGAAAAGAGCUCCUACCAGGCCUGGGCCUUAUCUUGGGCCUCCGGCCUCCAGAACUAUGAGACGCACAUGCGUGUGGUUUGAGCCAGGGCCCCCUUCUUAAAGGAAACGAUUUUUCUGACACUGGAUCAAAUGGGAAGAAAGGUUUCUUGUUUUUAAUAUUCAGUAAUCUCUAUGCCGAACAUGGGGCUUGAACUCCCACUCGCCAGACCCCAAGAUCAAGAGUCACUCUACCGACUGAGCCAGCCAGACGCCCUGCGCCUUCCAGCAGGAGGCACCCCUCCCAACCCCCACUGGGGCCAAUCCUGAGGAAACAACGUCUCACGAACCAGGGACAUUCUAUAAAACGUCUGGCCUGCACACUUCAAAGACACCCACGUCUCAGUCCAACAAAUGGCUCUAGGGCACGGCCACUGGGUGCGGCGAGGUCCGGGAUUUUGCUGUGACAGGCAAACUGAGUGAGGUCUGUUGAUUAGGUCAUGGAUUUGUAUCAAUGAUCCCAGCAUGCCUUCCGAGACACCCCAAGCAGAAACGGGGUCCGCAGGGUGCCCCCACCUCUCAGGGGCACACCUAGGGAAAGGGAGCCUGGAGAAGGGACCUCCGGGGGACAAGGAAGCCAAGGAGCGCCUGUGGAUCCGUCCCGAUGCCCCAAGCAGGUGUUCCUGGCAGCUGGGCAGGCCGGUCACUGACUCCCCUCAUCAUCACACUGUCUUGACCAAAUCCCCCCAAAUCUUGCCAGACAUCCUGAAGAAAAUCGGGGACACCCCCAUGGUGAGAAUCAAUAAGAUCGGAAAGAAAUUUGGCCUCAAGUGCGAGCUCUUGGCCAAGUGUGAGUUCUUCAACGCGGGCGGGAGCGUGAAGGACCGUAUCAGCCUGCGCAUGAUUGAGGACGCCGAGCGGGCCGGGACCCUGAAGCCCGGGGACACCAUCAUUGAGCCUACGUCCGGGAACACAGGGAUCGGGCUGGCCCUGGCUGCCGCCGUGAAGGGUUACCGCUGCGUCAUCGUGAUGCCAGAGAAGAUGAGCACGGAGAAGGUGGAUGUGUUGCGGGCCCUGGGGGCCGAGAUUGUGAGGACGCCCACCACGGCCAGAUUUGACUCCCCGGAGUCCCACGUGGGGGUGGCCUGGAGGCUACGGAACGAGAUCCCCAAUUCUCACAUCCUGGACCAGUACCGCAACGCCAGCAACCCCCUCGCUCACUACGACACCACCGCCGAGGAGAUCCUGCAGCAGUGUGACGGGAAGUUGGACAUGCUGGUGGCUUCGGCGGGCACGGGUGGCACCAUCACGGGCGUCGCCAGGAAGCUGAAGGAGAAAUGCCCAGGGUGCAAAAUCAUCGGGGUGGAUCCCGAGGGUUCCAUCCUCGCAGAGCCCGAGGAGCUGAACCAGUCGGAGCAGACGGUCUACGAGGUGGAAGGGAUCGGCUACGACUUCAUCCCCACGGUGCUGGACCGGACGGUGGUGGACAAGUGGUUCAAGAGCAACGAUGAGGAGGCUUUUGCCUUCGCCCGGAUGCUGAUUGCACAGGAGGGGCUGCUGUGCGGUGGCAGUGCCGGCAGCGCCAUGUCGGUGGCCGUGAAGGCUGCCCAGGAGCUGCAGGAGGGCCAGCGCUGCGUGGUGAUUCUGCCGGACUCGGUGCGCAACUACAUGUCCAAAUUCCUGAGUGACAAAUGGAUGAUGCAGAAGGGCUUCCUGAAGGAGGAGGACUUCACCGUGACAAAGCCGUGGUGGUGGCACCUGCGAGUUCAGGAGCUGAGCCUGUCGGCCCCGCUGACAGUGCUGCCCACGGUCACCUGCGAGCACACCAUCGAGAUCCUCCGCGAGAAGGGCUUCGACCAGGUGCCCGUGGUCGACGAAUCAGGGGUGAUCCUGGGGAUGGUGACCCUGGGGAACAUGCUGUCGUCCCUGCUCGCUGGGAAGGUUCAGCCGUCAGACCAAGUUCGAAAAGUCCUCUAUAAGCAGUUCAAACAGAUCCGGCUGACGGACCCGCUGGGCAAGCUGUCGCACAUCCUGGAAACGGACCACUUCGCCCUGGUGGUCCACGAGCAGAUCCAGUCGCGGGACCUGGCCUUGACGGGCGUGGUGGGGGGGCCCUCAGACCACAGCAACGGCAAGUCCAGUCAGAGGCAGACGGUGUUCGGGGUCGUCACUGCCAUUGACUUGCUGAACUUCGUGGCUGCUCGGGAGCGCGACCGGAAGACCAAGUCAGGAAGCACCUCGGAGCCCAGACCUGCGGGGGCCACGGUACAGCUCUGACCGCGCCCACGCCUCACCUCGACUCGCCGGGGUCCGCGCUCUACCUUUUGUAAACACAGAACCCACACGCGUGAUUUGUAACUGCCUGACGCUGGGCGUUGUCGUCAGGAGCGGGUAGCAAGCAGCGGGUGUAGGAUGCUUAGCCCGGGGCCAGCGUGGACGCUAGCUUCCCUUUUACCAACACCUGGCCGCCUCGGUGAAUCCGCUUACGGUUUAUCGGAGUAGAUGUGUGUUUCUUUACUUUUCUUCUAAAAUGGCUCAGCAAGAAAAUCUUAUCAAACAGGAUACGGCCAGGCGGGUGAGCCCUCGUGGCAAAUGACCAGAGCAGGGUGGAUAAAAGUGGAGGAAAGUGCUCUUCUGGAGAAGAGCCUAUGAUGCGGAGCAGCAGAAAGGCGGCUAGGGAAGGAUGGGCCUGUUCGGAGCCCUCACACGGAGGUGCUGUCUCCUGGGUACCGGGGCUGGUUACAGUGACUUCAGUGUUUGGGGGUUUCUUCAUUGAGGUGAAAUUCGCAUAACCUUAAAUGAACGAUUUAAAAGUGUAAGUUUUUGGGGCGCCUGGGUGGCUCAGUCGGUUGAGUGUCCAACUUCGGCUCAGGUCACGAUCUCACGGUUUGUGGGUUCGAGCCCCGCGUCGGGCUCUGUGCUGACGGCUCGGAGCCUGGAGCCU